AUCCGUUUGCUGGGGGAAGCGGCUUGUCCCGGUGGGGCUCCGGAGCGCGCCCACGAUUAAAAUGCUCGGGUGUAGAAACCGUGACAGGUUGGAAACGUGCUAAACUACAGAUGCUGCGCCUGACGGACCGACAGGUAUAAGAGAUUAUGGAUCUGAGCCUCCCUUGUCUCCUCCUUUUUGUCCUGACUGGCUGUGUGGAAGUCUCCGCUGAUAACCAAAAUGGCACUCACCGCUACGAGUACUGUGUGCUUGGAGCUGGGCCUGCAGGGCUGCAGAUGGGAUACUUCCUUUCCAAGGCCAAAAGAGACUACAUCAUCUUGGAGAGGAACUCGGGACCAGGCAGCUUCUUUAACAAGUAUCCCAGACACAGGAAGCUCAUCAGCAUUAACAAGAUCCACACAGGAAGUCGGAACAGGGAGUUCAACCUGCGCCAUGACUGGAACUCUCUGCUGAGUGAUAAACCUGACCUCCUGUUCAAGAAAGUGAGUGGUGAUUUUUACCCACCUGCUGACGCCUUCCCGCUCUACCUGUCCAUGUUUGUGGAAGAGCUCGGGCUGAGGGUCCGGUAUGGUGUGGACAUUGGAUGGAUCAGAGCAGCGUUGUCAGCCACUGGCAGGAGCUACGUCCUGACUGAUCAACACGCGUCAAACUACACAUGCAGCGUCCUUCUGGUAGCCACAGGUUUGUGGGUUCCUCAGACGGUAGAGUUUGUCGGUUCUGACCUGGUUGAGGGCUACGAGUCCAUCUCCACUAAUCCUGAGGACUACAAGGACCAGGCCGUUCUUAUUCUGGGAAAGGGGAACUCUGCUUUUGAAACGGCCCAGAGCAUCUUGGGAAGAGCAAGUCGGGUGCACAUGAUCGGUUCCAGCCCUGUUCGACUGGCUUGGCAAACGCAUUAUGUUGGGGAUCUCAGAGCUGUGAAUAAUGAGCUACUAGACACAUACCAGCUGAAGUCCCUUGAUGGGCUGGUGGAUGCACCCCUGGAGACAAUUGCUAUUGCUCAGCACAAAGAGGACAGCAGGAAGAAAUCAGGCAGAAAGAAGAAAGAGAAGAAGGGAAAGUUGUACCUGAUUUUUAAUAAGUACAUGCAAAGCCAGGAAAACAGCUCUGAAGUGACAGGAAGAGAACUGCCAGGGUUUCAUCUUGACAACUUCGCCAUGCGAAAACCGUACGACCGCGUGAUUCGAUGCCUUGGAUUCAGAUUUAACUUCAGCAUAUUUGACAGCUCUGCCCGACCACCAAACAGUGACAACGCAAAGGGGAGGUUGCCAGGUGUGACCGCCUGGUACGAAGGCAAGAACACCCCCGGCUUGUUUGUGCUGGGAACUGCUGCUCACUCCCGAGACUACCGCUCAUCUAGCGGUGGCUUCGUCCAUGGAUUUCGUUACAUAGCGCGAGCUGUCCAUCGUGUACUUGAACAUCGUUACCAUAGCAACUCGUGGCCAGUGACGAAACUGUCUAUAACACAGCUGCAGUCCUGGAUCCUGAAGCGGGUCAACGAGGCCUCUGGGCCGUACCAAAUGUAUGAGGUGCUUGGGGAUGUUGUGCUUCUUCGAGGCUCUCAGUGUGAAUACGUGGAAGAGUUUCCAGUCCAGGCCUUGCCUCAGUUCUCCUUGCUCUCAGGCCACGAGGUCUCCAGCCAUGGGCUUCUGGUUCUAGUCAUGCAGUAUGGGAAGCAGAAGAUAGACUAUCUGGGGCGUAACAGGGCAGAAAUAGACUGGACCAAAGCCUGGAAAUCCAACUUUCUGCACCCAGUUUUAUACUACUAUGAUGCACUGCCGACUGAGGAAGAGAUGAGGCUCCGUCCUCAUGGCUGGCCUUUACCCAGGCCCAGGGCAGUUCACCACAUGAUCGAGGACUUCCUCACAGAGUGGGAGAGUCCCAUCUCUCACAUCCAGCCACUGCGGCGCUUCCUGGAGCACUGUGUCCAGACCGACCUCAGGGCCUUUUAUGCAGAGUCAUGUUUCCGUUCAUCCCUUACCCACCGCAAGCCACCGCUGUUCUGCCAGCAGGGAUACUUGAAGCAGCAGGGUAUUGUUCACAACAGUUGGCUGUCGCAGCACGUUCGUGAAGCUCGACUGAUGCCGACCGAGCACAGUGCUGGCACAUCAGGGGCUGAUCCUGCUUUCUCCAACUACCUGGCACAUACCAGAGCCUCCAUGUCUUCAGGACUGAAACUUGACUUGUGAUAGUUUAAUCUGUGUGUGUAAGACCAUGCCUAUGAUGCUGUUUAGGUUCCUCAGAUGUGCUACCUCCAGCACCAUAGUCAUUCCCACUGAAAGACCAAAUAUUUAUGACACUAUGACAUCCUAAAUAUCAGUGGUUCCCAAACUCUGUGGCUUGUGACCCCUAAAAUAAAUCAAACUGUACUUGGAACCUCUCAACACCAGGUGGAGAAAUCUACCACAGACCUAUUUUAACCAAAGAGCUUAUUUUUAUUAUAUUUUUAUUCAUGACAAAGCAAAGAUUAGAUGAAAGCCUGGAAAAAACAAACAAAUGUGUAUUUCCUCUUCUGGUAUAAUCACAUCAUGGCCUCUCAGACUUGCCCGUCACAGACCUCUUGGGGGGACCAGCCCCCGGUUUGGGAAACCACUGACACCAGUGGUUAUCACUGUCCCUUGUCCCUUGAAAGCUCCCUCUAAUUAUCCCUCACAGAAUAUUUAUACACACUAUAAUGUGCCAUGUUCUUAUCAGUAUAGAUUAUUUAAAACUAUAUGGGUGGAGGGUGGGCAUCACAAAAUGAUUAUGCAUUAUAUAUUUUACAUGAUGUUAAAACACAUUUACCGAGGAAAUAAAAAGCUUGUUUUUAU